AUGGGUAAAGCGAAUGUGGUGGCGGAUGCUUUGAGCCGCAAGUCGGUUGGGCCUUCAGAGAGGGGGAUGUGUAUGAGGAUAUCAGUUGAUUCCCCGCUCCUGGGUUUGAUCAGGGCGACUCAGGCCGAGGGAGUUCGGAAGGAGAACUGGAAGCAAGAGAGAAUCAGAGCUGAAGUGAGUUGGUCUGCAAGCAACAUCUCGAUCCCUCUCAGUCUCAGGUUCCAGUCUCCAACUCGACAUCUAUCUUCGUUCAGAUAAUAGAUGAAGAUGAUCACGAAAGCGGCAACAACGAUCCUUUAUUCCUUACUUAAAGAUGGUGAAAAACGAGCCCUUGAAGACAUCAUAAACGAUUUUUCUUCAAAAAUCCCAAAAUCAAUGCAUAAUGAAAUCUUAUCAGCACUUGUCAUGCUCUUGGAUGACACCCACACCCCAAAAUUCCUAAAAUCCACAGAACGAUUGGUUGCAUUUGCAUUACUUCACCACACAUAUUCCCCCCUAAAAUCAUCCUCCACCAAUCCCUACCUUUCUUUGCUCACAAACACUGCAAAUGACGAAAAAACCGAUACUUUGGAACGUGCAUUCAUCCUUCAUCUCUUAUCCUCUCCAUCUCCAGUGAUGAAACUAUCUCCGGCGGAUUUCAUUACCAAAUUCGAUCCUUCAUCUCACCGGUUCCCGGAGCCGCCACCGCCGCCGCCGGAAAACCCCCAUCCCAAACCGUUCAAUUCCCUCCUCAAAAACACCGCUAUAAAAAACACGAUACCGGAUCCCGACAUCAGCUCGCCGGAGUUGGAGUUCCCGCCGCCAGAGACCAUAACCGGUCUAAUCCAAACUUUAUCAUUGGAAGCGCUCUACCCUCACUGGGCCCGCCCUACACCGCCUCGUCUCCCGGUGCUAGACGGUGAGCUCGUCUGGGUCAACCCUGAGUCGACUCACGAACCGCUUUGGGACACUGGGAUGUGUGCCGACACGAGCCGUGGUGCAGCCGUCCGUGAACUAAUCCUAAAAGCCCUAAAAGGCCCGUUAGCUCCAUCUCAGCAGGAACAAGUUUUACUGGAGUUAUCCUCCGACCCGAAACUGGUGUACCACUGCGGUCUAACACCACGGAAGCUGCCGGAGCUGGUGGAGAACAACCCUCUGAUAGCGGUGGAGGUGCUGAUUAAGCUGAUGAACUCGCCGGAAAUUUCAGAGUAUUUUACGGUUCUGGUGAAUAUGGAUAUGAGUUUGCAUUCCAUGGAGGUGGUCAACCGGUUGACCACUGCGGUUGAACUGCCGACUGAGUUUGUCCACAUGUACAUAACCAAUUGUAUAUCCUCGUGUGAGAAUAUUAAGGAUAAGUACAUGCAGAACCGGUUGGUGAGGCUCGUGUGUGUUUUUCUGCAGAGUUUGAUCCGCAACAAGAUUAUUAAUGUUCAAGAUUUGUUUAUUGAGGUUCAAGCCUUUUGUAUCGAGUUUUCUAGGAUCCGAGAAGCUGCAGGUUUGUUUCGCCUUCUUAAAACCUUGGAAUAAUAGUAAUAAUUCAUAAUUUCAUAUUCAUGUUUUUUUUUGUCUGCAUAAAGAUUUGUAUUUGUUGUGGUUUAGUAGGGAUAUAAUGGAUGUUUUGGGAAUGAAUCUUCAACUUAGUUUUUAAUCAAUGCCAUGUGUAAUAUAAUCAAUCAUAUUAUUAUUAGCAAAAUACUUGGACAUCGG